UUCUUCAACUUAUUUUUACCUUUUUUUCCUCCUUACAAACAAUUUCCUCUGUUUUUGUGUUUUGCAGUUUAGAGGAAACUUUUUUAAAAAAAAAAAAAAAAAAAAAUCUUAAGCUUCAUUUGGUUUUAAAUAAGUGGUUGAAUCUAACUUUAAUUAUCCUUUUCUUUCAUAUUUGGGCAACCGAAAGAACAAUCCAUUUCUCUCUCCUUUUUUUUUUCUUACAAUGAGUGUAGAUUUUGUCAUUCAUUUAUCCUUAUUCUCUUCCAUUUUUAUCUUUAUUCAUUCAAAAUCUUUUGUGUUUUUUAAAAAAAAAUCCCCUGUUUCAAAGCUGUUUUUGCCUCCCCUUUUUUCCCAUUUGUUUCUGUCUCUUUCUCUUCUAACUCUCAUUAUUACAUAUGGCUAAGACCAAAGCUUCUUCUCCAUUACUGUUGGAUUUAUCAGUCUCUAUAAAUCAAACUCACCCUUUUUUUUAAUCACCCAUCUCAACAUUUUCCAUCUUGGAGAAGAAGAAGAAGAAGAAGGGUUUUUUUGGGGAUUUUGAAAGAAGAAUUUGGUUGAUAAAUUGUUAUUAUUAUACAUUUAUCAAUCAAAUUAGCAGAGGAAAUGGAGAGGCUAAACUCAGAGCUGUACUUGCAAAACUGUUACAUAAUGAAGGAAAAUGAAAGAUUGAGGAAGAAAGCUCAGCUUUUGAACCAAGAAAAUCAAGCACUUCUUUCAGAACUGAAGCAGAAAUUAUCAAAAGGAAAUUCAAAAGCCAAUGCUUCAAAAUCAAUCCCUGAUCUUAAUCUCUCCUCUGCAAAUCCAUCUAAUUCUUCCAAUUGAAUCAUAUAAUAUCUAUGGAAGAAGAAGAAGAAGAAGGAGGAGAUGAUAUUAUCAUGACCCCACUUAAAGUUUAAUCCUUUUUUUUUUUUUUUUUUAUUUUAAUUUUAUGUUUCAUUUUUUGUGAAUUACCAUAGCCAACAGUAGCAAGUAGUUUGGGUUUUCAGUUAUAUAGGACAGCAUGUAGCUUUAGCAUCUUUUUUUUUUUUUUUCAA